AGGUAAUUAUGGAUCUGAUCAACUUCACCAAUUUGCUCAAUGUCUCCACUCUAGUGAGAAACAGCACUCACUUUCCAGCUCCUGCCUCAAACGUGAUCAUUGCCCUUCUUCUGUACUUGUCAGUUAUAAUUGGUACCAUCACCAAUGGGCUCUACCUAUGGGUGCUCUUUUUCAAGAUGAAAAAGACUGUCAAUACGCUCUUAUUUUUUCAUCUCAUUUUCUCAUAUUUUAUUUCAAUAUUGAUUCUACCAUUUAUAGCUGCCUCCUACCUUCAGGACAAUCACUGGAGCUUUGGAACUGCCAUGUGCAAGGUCUUCAAUGCCACUUUGUCUACAGGGAUGUUCGCCUCUAUUUUCUUCCUCUCAGCCAUCAGUGUUGACCGUUACCUUCUCACUCUUCACCCAGUGUGGUCACAGCUGCACCGAACCCCACGCUGGGCUUCCAGGAUCAUCCUGGGAAUCUGGAUCUCUGCCACAGCCCUCGGCAUGCCUUAUUUGGUUUUCAGAGAGACACAUGAUGACCAUAAAGGAAGAGUGACCUGCCAAAAUAACUAUGCUGUGUCUACUAACUGGGAAAGCAAAAAGAUGCAAACAUUCAGGAAAUGGAUUCAUGUAGCCUGUUUCAUUGGCCGCUUUUUGCUAGGCUUCCUUCUGCCUUUCUUUACCAUCACCCUUUGCUACAAAAGAGUAGCCAACAAGAUGAAAGAGAGGGGCCUGUCUAGGUCCAAUAAGCCCUUCAAAGUCAUGAUGACUGCCAUUAUCUCUUUCUUUGUGUGCUGGAUGCCCUACCAUGUACACCAGGGCUUAAUCCUCACUAAGAACCAAUCAGUACUUUUACAGUUGACUCUGAUACUUACAGUCAUAACCAUUUCUUUCAACGCUAUUUUUUCUCCUACACUCUACUUGUUUACUGGGGAGGACUUCAAAAAUGUUUUCAAGAAGUCCAUUCUUGCUCUGUUUGAGUCAACGUUCAGUGAGGACUCUUUGAUAGAAAGGAUACAAAACCUAAAUUCAGAAGCCUACAUUUAAAUUUUGGAUCCCAGAGCAAACAAUGGACUCUUAGUCAAUUAUACCACCAGAGAUGUCCCCUCUGCUUUUAUAUAAUAUAGUCCCUAUAUUAGAGAGACAUCUAAACUAUACUAUAGUUAGAUCUAUGAAUAUUAAAAGAGUUGUAAGAAACCAAGCAAUGGGUGGUGUUCCAAAAGUAAUUAUUUUUACUUUGUUUUUAUUGUGGUAAACUGUAUAUAACAUUAGAUUUGCCAUUUUCACCAUUUUAAAAUGUACAUUUCAGUAGCAUUAACUACAUUCACAGGGCUUUGCAACCGCCACUAUUUCUAAAAGUUUGUACUACCCCAAAGAGAAGCUCUGCUCUGAGUAAGUAAUAACUCCUCAUUUCACCCUCCCUGCAACCCCUCAUAACUUCCUAUCUACUUUCUGUCUCUAUGAAUUUGUUAUCCUAACUACUCCGUGUAAGUGGAAUCAUACAACAUUUCUUAUUUUAUGUCUGGCCUAUGUCACUUAGCAUAAUGUUUUCAAGGUUCCUCCAUGUUGUCAAAUGUAUCCGAACUUUACCCUCUGUGGCUAAAAUAAUAUUUCAUUGUAUAUUUAUUCCCUUGUGUGUUUUGUUUAUCCAUUCUUCUGUUAAGGGACAUUUGGAUUGUUUCUACCUUUGGCUAUUGUGAACAAUGCUACCAUGAACACUGAUAUACAAGUAUCUUUGGA